GGCCAGCAAGGGAAAAAGCAUGCAGACACAUGAACAAUACGAUGACGAGGUGUAUUACAUGGCUGUUGCUCUGAUGUUUUCCAAGAAGAGCCCUGAUCCUAACACAAAGGUGGGUGCGUGCAUCGUAAAUGAGGAGAAAAAAAUUGUUGGAGUCGGUUUCAACAGAAUGCCCAAUGGCUGUGAGGAUAAGUUUCCAUGGGCGCGUGAAGCUACAAACAGACUGGAGAAUAAACUGUACAGACUGGAGACAAAACACGUGUACGUGUGUCAUGCGGAGCUGAAUGCCAUCAUGAACAAAACCUCAGUGGAUGUGAAAGGAUGCACCAUUUAUGUCACUCUGUUUCCCUGUAACGAGUGUGCUAAGGUCAUCAUCCAAUCAGGUAUAAAAGAGGUGGUUUAUUUAUCCAAUAAAUAUGCUGACAGAGAUGAAACAAUAGCUUCUGACCGAAUGCUGAACGAAGCAGGUAUUGGGCAAAGGCAGUUUGACUUAAAGAAGGAUCUCUCUGCCCUGCUGAACUCCAAUAAUCCAUUGCUGAGUGAAAAAGACCAGGACGGAGAUCGUUCCCAAAAUACUGAGGGGGAAAAUCCUAGUGAUGUUCAGUAG